GUUGGAUUGAGCCGCGGCGGCGGCCCCGGGCAGUGGGUUCUCCGACGUGGACAGCGGUAGCUACUGAGGAGCGGUGGGGCGAUGGCAGCGGCUAGCGCGGAGCUGCAGGGGAAGUACCAGAAACUGGCUCAGGAGUAUUCGAAGCUUCGAGCUCAGAAUCAGGUGCUGAAAAAAGGUGUCGUGGAUGAGCAAGCAAAUUCUGCUUCUCUGAAGGAACAACUGAAGAUGAAGGACCAAUCAUUGAGAAAACUGCAACAAGAAAUGGACAGUUUGACAUUUCGAAAUCAACAGCUUGCAAAGAGGGUGGAACUGCUUCAGGAUGAACUUGCCUUAAGUGAAGCCAAGGGCAAGAAGAACAAGAAAAGUGGAGAAUCUUCAUCUCAGUUGAGUCAAGAGCAGAAGAGUGUCUUUGAUGAAGAUCUUCAAAAGAAGAUAGAGGAGAAUGAACGAUUACAUAUACAAUUCUUUGAAGCAGAUGAGCAGCACAAACGUUUAGAAGCUGAGCUGAAAAAUAGACUUGAGGUUUUGGAAACAGGUGCUGCCCAGCAUCAAGCAGUGGUGGAUAGUUUAACCCGGAAAUACACUGAUACCAUAGAAAAACUGCAGAAUGAUAAAACCAAAUUAGAAAUCAAGUCUCAGACACUAGAAAGAGAAGCUAAGGAAUGUAGAUUUCGAGCGGAAGAAUGUCAGCAGCAGUUAAAGAACCUUCAUGCAGAUUUGGGUAGGCGAUUGGAUGACUCUUUAUGCAUAAUCAAUGAAAAAGUACCUUUCAAUGACACAAGAUCUAGUCAAUAUAAUGCUCUUAAUGUACCAUUACACAAUAGAAGAUGUCAGCUGAAGUUGCGGGACAUUGCUGGUCAGGCUUUGGCUUUCGUUCAGGAUCUUGUGACAGCACUUCUGAACUUUCAUACUUACAUGGAACAGAGAGUCCAGAUUUUUCCCAUUGAUUCUGCCACUGAUACUAUAUCGCCAUUAAAUCAGAAGUUCUCACAGUAUCUUCAUGAAAAUGCAUCCUAUGUUCGUCCUCUGGAGGAAGGAAUGCUUCACUUGUUUGAGAGUAUUACAGAAGAUACGGUGACUGUGCUGGAAACAACUGUGAAAUUGAAGGUCUUUUCUGAACAUUUAGCUUCCUACACAUGUUUUCUCAGGAAGAUUCUUCCUUAUCAGUUAAAAAGUUUGGAAGAAGAGUGUGAAUCUUCUCUUUGCACAGCUGCUUUAAGAGCCAGGAAUCUGGAGCUCCACAAUGAUAUGAAGAAGAUUACUGCAGUCUUUGAGAAGUUACAUGUAUACAUUAGUCUUAUUGUCUUACCAAGUAUAAAACCAGAAGGGCUGCUUCGGACAAAUUACAGUUCAGUAUUCACACAUGUUGCUGCAGGUCUUCAUGGAUUUCAUAAUGUUAUGAAAGAAAUUUCCAAGCACUACAGUCAGAAAGCUGCCUUAGAACACGAGCUUCCAACAGCCACACAGAAACUUAUAACAACAAAUGACUGCAUCUUGUCCUCGGUAGUGGCUUUAACAAAUGGAGCAGGCAAGAUUGCCUCAUUCUUUAGCAACAACUUAGACCACUUCACGGCUUCAUUGAGCUGUGGGCCUAAGGGAGGGACAGAGUUCAUCAGCCCUCUAUCAGCUGAAUGUAUGCUCCAGUACAAGAAGAAAGCAGUUGCCUACAUGAAAUCUUUAAAGAAGCCCUAUUCAGAUUCAGUGCCUUAUGAAGAGGCUUUGGCCAAUCGCAGAGUUCUUCUGAGUUCCACAGAAAGUAGAGAAGGUCUUGCACAACAGGUCCAGCAAAGUUUGGAGAAGAUUGCAAAACUGGAGCAGGAAAAGGAACAUUGGAUGCUUGAGGCCCAGCUAGCCAAAAUUAAGUUAGAGAGAGAAAACCAGAAGCUAAAGAGCUCACUUAGUGGACAGUUGAUUGAGCCUAUGCCAGAAAAUUCUGUUCUGCUGAAUGCAGCCGAAGGAGAGAAAGAAGAAGCCAUAAAAAAGACUUCAAGGGAGCCUGUUAAAAGAAUGAGUCUGAUUGGAAUGUUGACCAUGACCACUGACAACAAAGAGGCUCCAGAGGCUAAGUCCCGUGAAGACUUGAUAAAAAAUCACUAUAUGGCAAGGAUAGUAGAACUUACGUCUCUUCUACAGCUGGCUGACAGCAAGUCAGUACAUUUUCAUGCUGAGUGCCGAGCGCUUGCCAAAAGAUUAUCAUUAGCUGAGAAGUCUAAGGAAUCACUAGUGGAGGAGAUGAAAUUAGCUAGUCAAAGCAUCAGUAGAUUACAGGAUGAGUUGACAACCACCAAAAGAAGCUAUGAAGAUCAGCUAAGUAUGAUGAGUGACCAUCUGUGCAGCAUGAAUGAAACCUUAUCUAAACAAAGGGAAGAAAUUGAUACACUAAAAAUGAGUAAGGGAAAUUCCAGAAAGAACAAAAGUCGAUAGUUUACGGCCAAUCAACUGUCUUUCAGAUGUUGCUACUGCUACACAGAAUUGCAGAUGCUGAAAAUUCAAUGUCACCCUCUUGGGUAGUUCUUAAAAGGAAACAGAGGUGGGUUUGGCCUAGUAAUAAGUCAUUUGGUGCUGUAUAUGAAUUUGACACAUUUAGAACUUGUAAUCAGUAAAACAGACAGAAUUUAAUGUUGGCAGUUAAAACAAAGAAUUUUCACUCAUGGUUAACUUGCAUCGGAAUUCCCUUAGGUUGUUUUUACUGUACACUUUUUGAAAUUAGAUUUUAAUGUAAUCUAAUUAAGAUUAUGUAUAUUUUCAAAUUCAAGUAUGGGUUAAACUUGGUAUCUGUGCGAUAGUGUGUUUCUGGAUAAAAUGUUUAAACUGUCAA